AUGGAUAGGCUUGCAGCGCUCUGGUGGUUGGGUCUGCCCAUGCCAGGGAUCCCGGAUGGGAAGGGAGGGACGAGGGUGCCUAGUGAUGCUGAAAUGUUCGUGCAUGUGUUUGUGAAAGGCUUAGACGUGCGGCAGAUAGGGAUGAGUGAGGGCGGGAAAAGCGGCAGCAGUGAGAGUGGGAGGGAUGGUGAGAGCGGGGGUGAGAGAAACGGGGAGAAGCUAGGCGAAAUGCUUUUGAAACUUUUCAAGAGCUCUGAGAAAGGGAAAGAUGGGGGGACUGGAGGGGUAGAGGAGGGGAAGGGGGUUAUGAUGAUUGAGCGAGAUGGUUCUUCUAAAGAAGUUGAUUUGGCAGAGGUUGAGGCAGAGCUUGCAGCUUAUCUUGACUCCGCUAGCAAGAAGGCUGCUGAAGGCCGUCGUGAGCAGGGUGACAUAGGCACUGGGGAGAGCAGGAAUGGCAGCAGCAGCAGCAGCAGCAGCAGCCGCAGUGGUGGCAGUAGCAGCAGCAGCAGCGGCAGCGGCAGCAGCAGUGGUGGCAGUAGCACUGGCCGCAGAGGAAGCAGUGGUGGUGACGGCGGCAGCAGUGGUGGGAAGGGACUCUUUGGGUUUGGGGGAGAGGUGGCACGUGGCCUCGCUGAUGCUGUUCAAUGGUUCCAGUCAGCAGAGCUAAAAGCCCCAAGCCCUGGCAUCAAAGACGAGCCCUUGGAUGUGCAAGGCGCUAGCAACGAGGCAGACUAUAAGGGGUAUAACGAGGCAGGGGGAGACGAGGGGGAGUUGGCGGCUGGGUGGGAUUCGAGCGAGGAAGUGAGGGGUGAAGGGGACGGGGGAAGCGGGCAGAGAAGGAGGGCGGGGGUUGAGUCUGGUUCGGGGGAGCUGGAAAGGAGAAGGGGAGAGGAGGAGGAGAGGAUUGGGGCAAACGUGUUGGGGGAAGCAGAAGAGAGUGAGGAAGAGGAGAAUGCGGGGUGGGUUGCGAUAGAAAGGGAUAAUGAGGGGCGGAUUGGAGUGGAGGACGGAGAGGCGGAUGCAGCCGGGGAACCCUUGGAGGGGCAAGGGGAGGGGAGGCAGGGGGCGGUGAGGCAGGGCGGAGAAGAGGGUGUGUGGGAGGAUGGGGUGGGAGAGAGGAGAGAGGGGGAUGGUGAUGGGGGUGAGGGAGUGUUGGGUGAGGGGCGCAGGGAGGGACAAGAGGGAGGGAUGGGCGAAGGCAAGCGACAGAUGGGAGAAGGGGGAGAGACGAGCGAAGGUGAAAGUGAGACUAGCGAGGAGUUGGAACCGGUGAAGAUGGAAUAUGGAGGAGACAAAGUGGGGAAGGUGGAUGGAGGGGGGAAUGGUUUGGGAGCAGGAGGGAGUCUGGAUGUGGAGGAGUUGAGAGUGGUGGAUUUGGGCCAGGUAGCGCUGCUGCUGGGGGCCAUUGAAGGGCUCAAGGAGGUUCGGGAUCUGCCGAAGCUGAUGAGCUGGCUCGGCGGUGUGUCGCAGGGGGAAGGCGGUGAGGUUGGUCGGGCUGAGGUGGAUCAGGCCAGUGAUGACGUGACACUGGGCAGUGCCGAGGUGUCGCAGGUGCUGUAUGAGCUGGCGAUUGCGGAGGAGAGUGAGAAAGCGCUGGCGCUGCUGAGAUGGAUGGAGGAGAGGAGGGAGAGGGAGUGGGAGGGGAUGAGUACGGAUCAACGGAGAAAGAUUGUGGAGGAGGAGAGAGCGAGAGAAGCGAGAAGCCUCGAAAGAGGGAUGCAACGGGGGGGAGAGGGAAUCUAG